AGUUGCAGGCAUUUGUCAAAAAUAUCUGGCAUCUCUGAGCGAAACCGAAAUUGACAUUAGAUCUCUGUUGAAUGUUUUUCAUUCAUUGUAAUGGAUCAAAGUCCAAUUGAAAUGCAGCCUGUUAAUUUUCGAAAUCCAGUUCUUAAUGAAUCGCGAAUAUUUGGUGGUCAGUAUAGUCUCAAUACUCCGGUAGGAAAUAUAUCGACUGCAGUUCCACCUCCGCUGCCCCCUAGACCAUUUCAAUCCAGCAGUGGUAUGUACAAUACAAAUUACGGAAGUCGCUACGGAGUGCCAUCAUACGGAUAUUCAGGACUUGGUGGUGGCUACUCAGGCUAUGGCAUGUAUGGAAACAAUAUGUUAAACAGUAACAUGUAUUGUAACAGUUUUGGAUACAGCCCAGGAUUUCCGGAACACCGUUUUAUCCAAAUGGCCGAAGAAAGCUCGAGACCUGCGCUACAAAACAUAGAAUCACUAGUUGGAGCUAUAAGUAACAUUGCUUCGCUGUUGGAUUCAACAUUUUUCGCACUAACAGGUUCCUUUAGAGCAGUAUUAGGUGUAGCAGCUAAUUUUGCACAUUUACGUGGUGUGUUUGCGCAAAUUUGGACUUCAUUCGCUUUGUUUCGAUGGUGUGGUUGGUUCUAUAAAAAGUAAGUAUAUAUAUACAUUCCACCAAU